GCCGCCCUGGCGAACGGUCUGUUUUGAAAAGGCCGCGCGUGGCUGGGAGUUGGCUGCCGGAGGCAAGUCGGAUCUCGACAGUGGCGCGAUCGCACUGGAGUUUGGUGGGCUCCUUCAAGUUCACCAGGUGGUUGGUGGAGACUCGGUCCUCUCUUGGAAUGGUAUCAGGACCUUUGCCAGGAACUAAACCUUGGCUUUUGAAUGACAAUGGAAAUAUUGAAAGGGCGCUGUGCUGUCAAAGGUAACUGCUGCUUGGGUGAGAUGGAAUACCUUUGCAGGAAAUAAGCGAAUGGGCAACAUUUGAAGCUGCUGCUAACGGAUAUUUGUGUGCACCAUGUCUUCUACUGAAAAUGUAUGUAAUCAUGUAAAGGUUUUUAUUCGUGUUCGUCCUGAAAAUUCAAGAGAGAAGAAUGGAAAGAACUGCAAAGUUGUACACGUUGCAGACAAGCACAUGUUGGUGUUUGAUCCCAAAGAGGAGGAAGUUGGCUUUCUUUAUCGUCCUAGUGUUCAACGCUGGAAUUUAAAGAAUAAAAACAAGGACCUUCAAUUUGUUUUUGACCGUGUUUUUGAUGACAGUGCCUCUCAACUGGAAAUAUUUGAAGAGACAAAAUGCAUUCUGGAAAGUGUUUUUAAUGGAUAUAACUGUACAGUCUUUGCUUAUGGUGCGACAGGAUCUGGCAAAACUCACACAAUGUUGGGAUCAUCAGAGAAACCAGGGGUGAUGUACCAAACUAUGAAGGAGUUGUACAAUCGAAUAGAACAACUGAAAAAUGAGAAAAGCUGUGAUGUUGCAGUUUCAUACUUGGAGGUAUACAAUGAAGAAGUACGCGAUCUAUUGACCAACUCCAGAUCUCUGGCAGUGCGAGAGGAUGCUCAAAGUGGAGUCGUUAUCCAGGGAUUAACACUACACAAGCCUACAUCUUCGAAACAGCUCCUUCAGAUGCUAGAUUAUGGAAAUAAAAAUAGAACACAACAUCCUACUGAUGCCAACGCCAAUUCUUCGCGUUCUCAUGCUGUCUUUCAGAUUUAUUUAAGGCAGCAAGAUAGAACUGCAAACAUCAAUCAAAACAUUAAAAUUGCAAAAAUGUGUCUUGUUGAUUUGGCUGGAUCUGAACGUAUUAGUUCUAUGAAUAUGAAAGCAGCUCGCUUCAGGGAGGGGGCCAAUAUUAACCGAUCUCUCUUGGCUUUGGGAAAUGUCAUCAAUGCUUUAACAGAUUCAAAGAGAAAGACUCAGCAUAUUCCAUACAGGAACAGUAAACUAACUCGACUUUUGAAGGAUUCUCUGGGAGGAAAUUGCCAAACAAUAAUGAUAGCUACCAUCAGCCCGUCGUCUUUGUCAUAUGAAGAUACCUAUAACACACUAAAAUAUGCUAAUCGAGCCAAAGAUAUAAAAUCUUCGGUAAAGAGCAAUGUUUUGAAUUUAAAUAACCAUGUAGGUAAAUAUGCACAGAUUUGUGAGGAGCAAAGAAAAGAGAUUGUGGAGCUCAAAGAAAAACUGAAAGCUUAUGAUAGUGAAAGACUGAUGAUUCAUAACAACCAUGGAGAAAAUAUUCUGCUUGGUGUAAAUCCAAAAGAAAGUGAAAUAAAAAGAUUCAAAGGAGUACUUGAAAAUAUUUUCUGCAAACGACAGGAAAUGAGGAUUAACUGCUUAGAUCUCGAACUGAAAAUGAAAGAGGUGGAACUGAUGACAUUUUACUUUAAAGAGCAGCAGCAAUGUGUUCAAUUGUUUUCCUGUGAGCCUGCAACAGAGAAGGCAUCCUGCAAGUAUGAACGGAAGCUUGCUGCACUAAAAACCCAAUAUAACCAUAUUCAACAGAAAAUUAAAACUGUGGAAAAAAUGCUUGAGGAGAACAGUAACUGGUUACAUCGUGUGGAAAAUGAAAUUUGCUUAUUGAGCCAAGAUGGAAAAAUACCCCAGGUCCUUAAACAAGAACUACAGUGUUGUCAUUUAAAGAUGGAAAUCGUGGACUUAAAACAGCAAAUUCAGCAUAUGAUUCGCUUGUUUUGUCUCCACAAGCCAGUGAACAGAAGAACAGAAAAGCUUAUAAAUACUUUACUUCCUGCAUUCCACCAGCAAUAUCAAACAUUAAAAAAAGCUGGACUUGCUUCAGGAACUGCUAAGGAUACAUUUUUAGAAGUGGAACAAUUACUAAAAGAUUGGAAUGGAAAUGUCUUGGAAGAACAAGUUUCAGAAUUACCUGAAAAGAUGAGAGAUCAUCUAAAUAUUGCUGCCAUCAUGAAUUUCUCACAACACACCUAUUGCCAGGUUACACCAUGUGGUUCAAAAAGACCAAGCAAUUUACUUAGGAAAACUGUAGAAGUCAAGAAAGACAGAUCCCCUGAUCAACUAAAACCACCAGUAGAAUCAAAGGAGAAUCUACCAUUAAUUCAAACAGAAAAUAGUGGAUUUCCCUGCAAAUCCUCCAGACGAAGGCUGGAACAAUCGUUAACGUGCAGCAGUUCAGAUGAUCAUGCCACACCACACCCUGGCUUAGCUCAGCAGAAUGAUCUCCUCUUCAAAGAAGGGUUUGCUCCCAUAACCUAUACACCAGGAAACUGCACCUCACAGAUAGAACGAGUUUCUAGUGAGCUGCUUACCACAGACUUACAAAACAAAAAAGCAGAUUGUCUUGGUGAAGAAGUGGAAGACAAUUUGAAUAAAUUGAGUGACAUAGAAACUGCCAUCUCUGGAAUGAGUGAGAAUCCAGCAAAUAUUACAUAUGAUUUGGGAGAAAGCAGCUUGGAUACAAGAACUGAGCAUCCAUUUGCGAAUGAAACCAAAUGUAACGACGCUCUCGCUGACUACAAUGUGUCACACAAGCAAUCCACACAUCAAAAAACCUUUCUGCAAAGGUUGGGUCUACCAUCAUUGUUAUCGGCAAAUGAAACACAGAGGAAGCCUUCUUAUAUGUCCUUAACCACUGCUGCAAGAAGGAAAAGGAAAUCUGCAUGUUUCAUGGGCCAAAGAAGUAGCAAUGAUGGGCUUCAGGCAACAAAACGCAUGCGCCAAGAUGCGCCUCCUGCUGUGGGUAAUAAAAGCACACAGGUGGUAUGGCCAGGACCAUCUCAAAAUUCCAGAGUGGAGUACUUGAUCAAAAGGAAACAUAUUUAUCAACAAAGGUGUAACAAAUAAUGUAGCCAAAAGAAGACAUUUAAAAUCUAGGCAGUACAAUUGAACUGACGUGGAUUACAUAGUUUAGUCUUUCUGACCUGUAAUUUUUGACCAAACAUAGCCACUAUCUUGUCAGGUUUAAUGAUUUAGACUGAACUGUGUUCUUAUUCUACAGAAAAUGUAGAAUAGAAAUGUAUUUAUUUUAAAAUGUUCUUUGAUUGACUUCAAAACCUGUGAGAAAUUCACUUCCUUUUUUAAUGUAAAAUAGUGCUUCAUUUCUAAUGAAUAAAAU